AUGAGUCCCAGGAGGACCUCGUCUGAGUUCCAGCCCCUGCCACUGCUGCUGAUCCUGCUGGCUGUAGUGAAGGCAGGAAUGGCAAUGCCACCAAGUCCAGGCUGCCCAGAGGCUGAGGAGAAGGACUUCAUCCAGAAUGUAAAGGUGAACCUGAGCAUCCUGAACUCCGUGAGUCCAAAAGUGAACUCCAGAAGGCCUUCUGACUACCUCAACCGAUCCACCUCGCCCUGGAACCUGCAGCGCAAUGAGGACCCUGAGAGAUUCCCCUCUGUGAUCUGGGAGGCAAAGUGCCGUCACUUGGGCUGUGUCAACGCUGAGGGGAAGGUGGACCACCACAUGAACUCUGUUCCCAUCCAGCAAGAGAUCCUGGUUCUGCGACGGGAGCCUCAGAACUGUCCUCUCUCUUUCCGGCUAGAGAAGAUGCUGGUGGCUGUGGGCUGCACCUGCGUCACCCCCAUCAUCCGUCAUGUGGCCUAAGAGAUACAGUCAUAGCUGGGGCUCCCAGAAGCAGAUGGGACCGGCUUCAGACCCUGAGCAACCCCCAUCCUACAAAGACCCAGCCUUAUUUGUCAGCAAACUCAAACCUAGUUCAUGCAGCUGACUCCUGGUUUGAAGACAAGAUCUGCAUGGCCUGUGCCCCUCCCCGAGGAGGAGAGCUUGGCAUGAGUACCAAUUUGCUUCUUGUUUGCUUUU